AUGUCUGUCCUCGCUCCCACCCAGAAGGCCCCCGAAGGCAUCGACCUCAUCGGUCGCUUUGCCUUUGCCGGUGCGGUUUGCUGUUCGGUGACUCACGGUAGCUUCACCCCGGUCGAUGUCGUCAAGACCAGGAUUCAGCUUGAUCCUGCAACAUACAACAAGGGCAUGUUCAGCGCCUUUCGACAAGUCAUUAAGAAUGAGGGCGCUGGUGCGCUCUUGACCGGUGCCGGUCCUACUUUCGCUGGUUACUUUGCCCAGGGUGCCUUCAAGUUUGGUGGCUAUGAAUAUUUCAAGGCCUUGUCUGUAAAGAGCGUCGGUCUCGAGAAUGCCCGCCAAAAUCGCAUUGCUAUUUACUCCGUCUCUGCCGCGGCUGCUGAGUUCUUUGCUUCGAUCGCUCUUUGUCCGCUUGAGGCUACUCGUAUCCGUCUCGUGUCUACUCCCGGCUUUGCUAAUGGACUUAUUGGUGGUUUCAGUAAGAUCCUCAAAAACGAGGGUGUUGGUGCUUUCUACGGUGGUUUCGGACCUAUCCUCCUUAAGCAGGUCCCUUACACAGUGACCAAGUUUGUCGCCUUUGAAAAGUUCUCUGAACUUAUCUUCGAUCAGUUCGACAAGUCCAAGAUGUCCGAUGGUGCUCAAACCACUGUGAACCUUGGAGCUGGUCUUCUUGCCGGCUUCGCCGCUGCUAUUGUCUCUCAACCCGCUGAUACCAUGCUUUCUAAGAUCAACAAGACCAAGGCUGCUGCCGGUGAGGGUACCGUUGCCCGUCUCGUCAAGAUCGCCGGUGAGCUCGGCUUCCGAGGUGCCUUCGCUGGUCUGCCCACUCGUCUGGUCAUGGUUGGUGGCAUUACCGCUGGCCAGUUCGCUAUUUAUGGUGACAUCAAGAAGGCUCUCGGUGCUACUAACGGCACUGAGAUUGCCAAGUGA